AAGCUCCUAAUAAAAAUAAAACAUCACCCGAACUAUUAGAAAAUACUACCUCAGUAGACCCUUCUUUAUUUUAUAUAGGCAUAUACGCUAUUGUUGCCCUAAGUUCUGCCAUUUUUACAUUUGUUCGCAUGAUUUGGCAACUUUUUGUUUCUCUUAAAGGUUCAAAGGCCUUGUUUUCAGAAUUGCUUAAUGUUAUUUUAAGAGCACCCUUAAGCUUUUUUGAUGUUGCUCCUCUUGGAAAAAUUAUGAAUAGAUUUUCUAAAGAUCUGGGUGUAAUAGAUCAGAGUCUUAUGACAGUUUUCUCGAGUUUUCUCGGGAAUAUUGUUGGCGUAAUAAGUGUACUUGCCGUAGUUACCGCCGUAACAUACGAGUUUUUCUUUGUUUCCAUUUUUGUUGUCGUGUCAUAUAUUGUCAUUGGACGUAUGUAUAUUAAUGCUUCAAGGGAAUUAAAACGCCUGCAGUCCAUAACUCGUUCACCCGUUGUUUCUUGGUUUAGUGAGACAGUGGUGGGUAUUGCAACAAUUCGAGCAUUUAACGCUGAACAUCGAUUUAUUAAAACCUUCAUUGAUCGCCUAAAUACAUCAAAUCGAACAACAUAUCUUCUUCAUAUGUCUAAUCGAUGGAUGUCAGUUCGCUUGGGUUGCAUAGGAGCUAUUGCAUCAUAUUUUGCUGGUAUUUUUAUACUAUGGAAUUCUGAACGUAUGAGUGGUGGUUUGGCAGGUUUUUGUCUAAGUUAUGCUCUUGGAUUUGUUCAGAUUGUGUUU